AUGAUUUUGUUCGCCUCCCUCUUGGGUCUCGCUUUUUGCGGCGAAUAUUGCUCCAACCCCCGUGUCGAUCACACUCUCACUCCAGAAGCAGUCGGAAAAGACAUCGCCCAUGCAACCUAUCGAAAAGUCUGGAAAAAGAUUUCCAAAAUCGACGAGAUUCACUUUCAAGAUCGCGAAUUUCUCAUUCGCUACGCUCUCGCUACCACAAAUUAUGGAACAAACACCACUACUGGUCAAAUCUGGCCACUGACUCAAGACCAAUUCGAUGAUACCAAAAAUUUGUAUUCUUUCCACAAAACCUCCAUUUUGAACGCAUUUCACCUCGACUGGAACCACAUGCAGUUCUCAGAUCUCGACGUCCCGCAAUACUCUCUCAUCUCUCUCAUCCUCUACCUUGAAAUGCAAUCUUUCUUCCCUGCCCCCUUCGCCCAAGCAGAUCAAGCAGCAACAUUCACUGCUGUUACUAAAUCAACUGUUGGUACUUUCUACGAUGCUGCUGAUGAGAUUGCUGUAGAAGUAGACGGAUCCUGCCUCGAUAAAGAAAUGGACCUUGUCUUUGUUGUUGACGAGUCUGGAAGCGUUGGUCCCUAUAAUUUUGAGUUGACGAAGGAUUUCAUCUUGCAUCUCACCCAUUGCUUAGAUAUAUCAGCAGAACACGCUCGUGUGUCAGUCAUUACUUACGCUUCUGUGGAGCAUAUUGACUUUAACCUUCACGAUUACACCAAUAGAAACUUCAGUGAUGUCAUCUCGAGCUUGACAUUUUCAGAUGGAGGAACAGCAACAUACAGUGGUUUGGACAAAGCUCUAGAAGUCUUCAAAAACAGCCCAGAUAGCACAAGAACGAAGACAAGGAACGUUUUGAUCACUAUUACAGACGGAGCCAGUAAUAACAACGUUCUUACUUGCGAAGCUGCCGAACGACUAAAAAAUGAUCCCCUAAAUAUUCAAUCGAUCGCAAUCGGAGUCGGAUACGCGUGGGAACAUGAGCUUCAGUGCAUUUCUUCCUCAUCCGACCAUAUUCAUCGGCUAAACAAUUUCAACGACUUCGCUGACAUCAAGAGCAUGAUAAUGAACACCGCUUGCAAUGCUGAAAUCGAUGUCGUCAACGGAACAACUGGUGGAUUUCUUCGGACUGCUGACGCGUCAUAUGGAUCCGAAAGUGUUAAUUUGAUCCUAAACGGAACUGAUCGUUUCGAACUUAAUUCUAACCAGCGAUUGACUGUCUACGGCUCUUACGAGUUUGCGAAGCCCUCCAGUGUGAGCAACGACUUUUCAUUCGAAUUCGAUCAUCAUGGUCUUCCUUGGAACGAGACAUGGGUAGAAUACAACCCUCAAUUCAGUGGAAAACUAUUCCUCACCCUUGAAAAUCUAGAGCCAGCAACCGCCGAUUCAAAAUUCGAAAUUCGAAUCAUAAAGGAUCCACCUGUAAAUACGACCAUUCCAGAACCGAUUGACGAAUGCAUCAAGAACGCGUUUUGCAACAUGGACUCUGAAUGCGAGUGUUUCAGCGACUACGUGACUGUCGAGGACAGAUGGGGUUCCGGAUGGGGUCUCGACCAAGGAUCAGAAGACCCUGGCUAUUCUUGUGAAGCUCCUUGCCCAGUUGCACUUGAAGAGUCCGAAAUCAUCUGCGAGCCGGGUACACGAGGCGUGAAGGUUCCACUUUGCGCGCUACGACACGCUCAUGUUCAUAAAAAUAAUCUCUAUAUGGGAACUGCAGGAUGUAUCGGAACGCUGAAUGAAGAAGAGGGAACAAUUGAUUUUGAAGAUGGCCUGAAUGGCUGCUCAAUGGUUGAGAACAUCAACUCAACACAUAUCUAUUUCACUGGAUUGGUUUACUCUCAAGAGAAUGGUCAUUCAGGAAACGCUAUCGUUUCAUUCGGACACGCGUUGAAAAUUCAUGCAACUUGUGCAUUCGAAAAGUGUAUUCGUGCGCAUGUAGACCUUAUCGUUAAUAUUGCGAUUUGGAACAUCAACCUCGGCAAGACUGGCCAAUUUACCACAUCUGUCGCUGUUUACGAUCGACCAGAUAUGGAGAAACCAGUUCCGUCUGACAAAGUGUUCGAAGGAUUUGACGAUGUUUUCGUUAAUAUAACUCUUGACGAUACGACCGACUUUUUCAUCAGUUUCAAAUCUUGCGAGGCAUAUGACGACACUCUUGCUUCUCGUCCAACUUGGCCGCUCAUUUCUGGCGGCUCGGAAGUGCAAGACUCGGGCUCACAAAUUCUCGAUAAUUUCGGUACUUCGAUCGCCUUCAGCUUCAAAGCCUUCGCUUUCAAUGAUUUCGACGCCAAUGGACCUCCUGACUUCGGAGAAAACAUCAAAAUCGAAUGUACUGUCUGCGUUUGCGAUCCGAACCUUGAUCAAAACUGCACUCCUGGCGCUCGAAAACGAAGAAAUGCUGAAAGCAACGAUAAAAAUGAGUUCAUCGUCUCCACAACUUUCAAUCUUAACCAGUAA